AGGCUAUCGAAGGACUUUGUAACUAGAUCUCCAGAACAAAAGCUGAAGGAACUCUGAGCUAUUAUCUGAAAGAUGGCAGAAGGAGGCUCUGUUAGCACAGAAGCUCUACAGGAGUCAUUUAAAAAGUUUGCAGCGUAUGGUGACACCAAAGCAACUGGUAAUGAAAUGACUGGGAAAAAUUGGGCCAAGCUGUGCAAAGACUGCAAAAUUAUCGAUGGCAAAGCAAUCACCUCAACUGAUGUGGACAUUGUCUUUUCAAAAGUGAAAGCUAAGACAGCUCGAGUAAUCACAUUUGAAGAGUUUAAAAAUGCACUGGCAGAGCUCGCUCCAAAAAGAUUCAAAGGCAGAAGUAAAGAGGAAGCAAUUGAGGCAGCCUACAAACUGAUUGCUGGAAAAGAUCCAACAAAUGUUGGAGUGACGAAAGUAACAAAGGCUGGUGCCGUUGACAGAUUAACAGAUACAUCUAAAUAUACAGGCUCCCAUAAAGAACGCUUUGAUCAAAAUGGCAAAGGCAAAGGGAAAGUUGGUCGAGAAGAUAUGAUAGAAAAAACAGGUUACGUGGCAGCUUACAAAGGAGCUGGGACCUACAAUGAGAAAGCAAAAGACAAAUAAUGUCAAAAAGACAUUUCUUGGUUUAUUGUAAGCAAGGGUAAACCUUUUGGUUAUUUCAUCUGAAGACCUAUUAAAAAUAAUUUAGUCAUUCUUCUUUACAGGCUAAAGUUUUAAAUUCAGAAUAAUUACUCUAACAAUAAAAGGUAUAUUUUCCUGUAUGAACAUAUUAAAUAUUUUACUUUUUUUUUCUAUAGACACUAUCAUACUUAAAAUAACCACAAUAACAUCUGUGUUUAGGAAUGAAUACGUACAUAUUUAAUGAGUGGCCAUACAUCAGUAAAGUAAAAACAUUCAUUACACCAUAUAGAAGUUAAUGUUAAAAUGCCUAAUGAUAUUGGAAACAGUAUUUCAUGCUAUUUAUGCUAUUUGGAAAGGGUAUCUGUAAUUUUAAACAAAACUUUUACAAAACAGUUGCUUGAACAUUAUUUUCCAAACAAGACUCGUUAAUUAGUCUAUAAAGGAAAAAAGAUCAUGCCAUACAAUUUUGAUGCAAUGUUCUUUUGACAUUUCAGAAGCAUAUCUCCCUAAAUUGUUCAUUCUUGGCCUGUGAUCUUGCAACCAUUGUUUUAAUGGGCAGUAAGUUGCAGGUGAAAAAUGUGCAAUACUAUGUUGAGUUUCCUGUGCAUAUCAGAAGCAUUUUUAAAGACAGUUAUUACCAGAUACUUUGAUAUGGUGCAACAUUUGAUAUUGAUAUGAUCAGAUUGUCAACCAUUGUUGUUGCUUUCAUUGAUUUUUAUUGUUUAGUGAUUGAAAGUAGGCUUAAUGUUUGAAAAUUAAUUUACAGAGUUCAUUGCAGAGGCAGCUGUUGUGUUUUUUUGCAGCUCAACUUUUCCUUGCCAUCCAAAGCAACAAUGUUGGGGUCAGUUUUAGCGCAGGUUGUUCCAGGAAAUAAAUCUGUUUCAGAAAAUUCCUCAGUUCAAAAGCAGCAUGGCAUUAUGUUGAAACAUGGCAUUUGAGCCAUCCAGUCAGUGGCAUUGUUUGCCCUCCAUAUGAAUGAAUCAUGUUAGUUACUGACGUUGGCCAAUGUACCUCUAAUCUUUUUCCUCCAGGUUAAAAAUAGUAACUAUGUGUCAAAACAGACAAUAUAGCAAAUUUUAGUGGGUCUCACCCCAAUUUCGUGAAUAAACACCAGGCCUAAUGGUAGAUGUCUUUUCUCUAGAUUGGGGGAUUUUCAAGACUAGGGGACAUAUUUUUCAGGUCAGAGGAGAGAUUUAAAAGACACAGGGAACUUUUUUUUUUACACAGGAUAAUUCUUGUAUGGAUUGAACUUCCUGAGGAUGUGCUGGAUGUAGGCACAAUUACAUUUAAAAGACAUUUGGAUAAGUACAUGAAUAGGCAAGGAUUGGAGGGGUAUGGGCCAGGAGCAGGCAGGUGAGGCUAGUUUAAUUUGAGAUUAUGUUCGGCAUGCACUGGUUAGACUGAAGGGUAUGUGUGACUGUAACACCAAAAGUGGAAUUUCACAAAAUGAUGCCUUAAUCUAUAGAAUCCAUGAGCCCACAGUAACCUUUCUAUUUUAUCUGUUCAUAGAAUGUGGGUGUCACUGGUAAGGCCAGUGUUUGUUUCCCACUAUUAAUUGUCUGUGAACUGGGGUUGAGUGGAGGUGGGGUGGAGGGAGUUACUGGACUAUUCAAAGGUUAACCACAUUGCUAUAUGGCUGGAGUCAUGGCUAGGCUAUACCAAGUAAGCAUGGCAGAUAUUGUUCACUAAAGGACAGUAGUGAAGCAGAUGGUUUUUGUUUUUAACGACAAUCAAUUAUAGUUGUAAUAGUUGCCAUCACUGACACAAGCUUUCAUUUUCAUUAUUAACUGAAUUUAAAUUCUACCAGCUUCUGCAUCCUCUAUACCCCCAGAGCAUUUGCCUGUGGCUCUGCAUUACUCAUUCAGUAACAUUGCAACUACAUCACCAUCUUCCUCUUCGACAUCCAUUCAAUAAUGUAACCUGUGCUUUAGGGAGGUAACUACAUUGCACCUGGGCUUGCUGUUUUGAUAAUGGUCAUGUCAAUUUAAGCCUUUCCAACUCAUAAUGUGAGAGUACAUAAGGCCAAACAUUUUCAGUUAAUAGUUUGAAUAAGCACUUCCCUCUUCUUGAGGAAUGCUUUUUACUCUGGGAAAUGUCGAGCUUUGUUAGACUGUACCAAGUACUUUGUCCGCUGAGCGUGUACUUUGAAACCUAUCACUAUUUCAUUACCUAACAUGUAUAAAAUUUAGUCAAAAUGGCAUGCAGGUUAUUGAAAACAAUGGCUCUGUUCUUAACUUUCUUUAUUCAUCUUGUUUUGAGUUAAAGCAAAGAUUAAUGUAGUCAAAUAUUAAGCGGGGCAAAUAAAGCACAAUGACAGUUUACCAAUAAUUCAAGUUUCUAUUCAUGUUUUGGUUAAUUUUCUGUUAGUAACUGUUGUUAUAAAUAAAUAUUUUGUAAUAAA